AUGUACCAGGUAUCUCAAGAGUGGGAAGAGGGAACCAGCGAUCUCGCAGAUUUCGCUGAUCCCGCUACACCACAUAUCCACUCAAGCGACGUGAAACGGGACUUUUGGAAGUUUCUGCAAGAGCGCAAAGGAUAUGUUGAGAACAAUCCAGAGCCGGGUUUCCCGCUAGCCAAAUACCAGGAUGGUAUCGUGGACGCUGGGGGAGAACUGUUCCAGAAGGCGCAUCCGUGA